CCAACAGCUGAGACGCUUUCCUGACUCUUAAAGGGGCCGAGCGGAGUUUACAGGAACUGCUACGGGAGUAACAGCGGAGGAGCUACGCAUUGAACUAUAUUUUUUAAUCAUUCACUUUCUUUUUUCUGAAUGUCUCGGGUGCUUAUAAUUGGGGCUGGACUUACAGGCAGCUUAUGUGCCUGUCUGCUUCGGCGGGAGCUGUCAGACAGAGUUAAAAUAGUGGUCUGGGAGAAGUCCAGGGGCACAGGGGGAAGAAUGUCUACAAGCAGAAGUCCCAGCAACAUGUCUUGCACAGCUGAUCUUGGUGCUCAGUACAUCACUGCUACACCAUAUUAUUCCAGAAUUCACAAAAGCUUUUAUGAAGAACUUCUACUGCAUGAUCUUUUAAAACCACUUGAAGCCACAAUAGAGGGCAUGAUGUUAAAGGAUGAAGGCAGCCUUAACUAUGUAACACCUUCAGGAGUGUCCUCUAUUGUCAAACACUACCUCAAAGAGUCAGCAGGAGCAGAGGUGUGCUUCGGCCAUCACGUCACCCAUGUUUACUGCAGAGGGUCUGGCUGGGAGGUGUGCCGGAAGGGAGGCUCGCCGGAGCAAUUUGAUGUGGUGGUUUUAACCAUGCCCGUCCCACAGAUACUACAAUUACAAGGAGACAUUGGCUCCUUGCUGAAGGACAGUGAGAGGCAGAAGCUGGAGGCUGUCAGUUACUCCUCUCGCUUUGCUCUGGGACUCUUCUACAAAGCCGGCGUGCAGAUCAGCGUCCCCUGGGCAGCCAAGUAUGUCUCCAAUAAUCCCUGCAUUCGCUACAUCGCUAUAGACGACAAAAAGCGCAAUUUAGUGUCAGAUGAAUGUGGGCCCUCUGUGGUCGUGCAUACCUCCGUGCCCUUUGGCCUGCAGCACUUGGAGGAGCCACUGGAGGAGGUGCAGCCUGUGAUCCUUCGUGAGCUCGAGAAAGUGAUGCCUGAACUCCCCGAGCCUGAAAACAUCAAGUGUCAGAAAUGGAGAUACUCUCAGGUGACGGGAUCGGUGACUGACUGCCCAGGGCAAAUCACGCUGCUCUCCAAGCCUCUGCUGGUGUGUGGGGGCGACGCCUUCACACACUCCAAUUUCGACGGCUGCGUCGAGUCUGCCCUGAAGGUCUUUGAGGUUCUGAAGUCGUCCCUCUGAAGCUGAGGAUCGAGGAACUGGCGGAGAAUUUACCAGCAAUUAGGCCCCACCCAUUUCCGGAAGUACUGUACGACGCACAGCAAGACUUUUUUCUCAUUCAUUUUUUUGUUGCAAAACCAAUUACACUGUCUGCUCCAGAUUCAGAGGGAUUAAGAAGAAGACUGAAUGAAGUGUGAAGUAUGAGUAGCAGGGAAAGAAAGCUGAUCCCUUAAAUUGGUGUUAUAUAGGGCAACACUGAGCUCCACGAACGGGCCUUAAGCCACGUUGUAAAUGUUGAACGUGCCAUAAUUCUGCUCAUAUGUUCCUGACCGGCUCCCGGGUUUGAGAUGGAAUAAAAAUAAAACGGAUCCUUCA